AUGUAUAGCCAAGAUAAGAGUGAUUUUCACGGGCGAUACAAAGAUCAUCACGGAGAUAGAUAUCGUUAUAAUUAUCAUAGUAAUGACAAUCAUCGUGACAGAUACAAUCACAAAAGAAGCUGCCCAUCUAAAUCAGAUCAUUCUACUGCCAGUUAUAGCAGACAUCAACACUUUACUGGUAAUUACAAAGAAAAACGUUCUGGUUUAGAUAGUGAUCACCACAGUUUUGACAGAGAAAAGCAUACUAGUAGUUAUGGCAGAGAUAUUUACAGAAAUAGUAGACGUUCAACACCAGAUAAUCACUUACAUAGGUCAAUAUAUGACAGACAAUCAGAUAGGAAAUAUAACGAUGAAGAUGAAGAGGAUAAUGAUGGUAGAAAUAUAGCUGAAAUAACGGGCCUUGAUAAAUCAAUUGUAGAAAAGGACAUUGAGGAGGUUAUCCGUCAAAUUUCCAUUAAAAAUGGUUUUUCUCCUCCUAAUUCAGUCACUAUCCUCUUCAAUGACAAUAAAACUGCAUCUAAUUUCACGACUACCUGUGGCGCCACUGCAUUUGAAACUAAUAAGGCACAUAUUGAAUUCCCAUCUAGUAUCGUUGUAAACAAAUUUUUGAAGUCUUUAAAAAUCCCAAAAAUAAAAAUAAAAGGGAACUAUUAUCCAGUGAUACAAAUAGACCGAGUCAUUCCGAAAAAUUCCGACGAUAUUAUAAUUGGUCAAUCAUCAUCAACUGGUACAAUACAAAUCAAAAAUUCUAUGAUUAAAAUGUUUUGCGAUUGGAAUUGCCCCUCCUGUAACUACUUCAACUUUUCAAAGCGAAUUGUAUGUUUGCAAUGUAACAUGCCUAGACCUGAAGAGUUUCAACAACAAUCAUUAUCUUUCCUUACAAACAUAUCAAAUCUCACAAAUGAAUAUUCAUCUUGGAUAGUUAUCAAGGAUGUACCGUAUACGCUAGCACAUACUCAUUUUAUAGAACUUCUGGACGAUAUAUUACCAGAUAUCACUGGGCUAGAGCGGCUUUACUAUUUUUCAGAUAAAAUACAUGGGCUGAGUAUGGGCUUUCUAUUUGCAGCCUUUACCUCAAAAGAUUGUUUGUCUAGUUACUUUAAUUUGGUAGGAACUAAAUGCACGUCACAGCAACUCAAUGGUACGCCGCUGCGCGUAGAUUUGAUGCUGCUAAAGGAACAAGUUGUGGCCAGUGAUCUUGUUAAUCGCAUAAAAUUUGACAGCGUUCAUAAACAGUCAGUUGGUAAUAAGAACGGAGAUAAAAAAUAUUGUAAAAUAUACAACACAACCAUUGAAUGCGUGGAAAUUUUGCUAAAAUCUAUUGAUAUGAAGAUGAGAUUUUCAGGUUAUGUGAGUAAUUGGAUGGGUAAAACAAUUUGGUUUUCCAGUGGCAGUAUUGACUCAGACAGAUGGCCAAUAGAUAAGACCACAAAUUAUCAGUAUAAUAGUCAACUUAACUUGUAUUACGAUCAAAAUACACGUUACUAUAUGCUAGCUUCUGGGGGCUAUUUCGUUUGGGAUGGGCAUAGCUCAUGCCUUGUAAGAGUGGAACCAACAAGCUCGACUGUUACUAGCACAAAUAAUAACACUAGCACCGAUGUUAGCACUAGCAACAAUGAUAAGUGUAUGAAUGAUAUACCGGUAUCCAUUAGAGUACUGGAGGAAGCAAGAAAGAUGGCUAGAGCGUCCCAGUCAUUCAGGGUAGCAGCUAUAGCUAAUAAUGUUGAUAAUGUAUCUAGGCAAUUCAUCGCCGAUGCAACAGACACUGAUGAAGCAUGUACUGAUGUACCCUUAAAGUCAAAAUCAACAAUUAUAACGACUGCUUCAGUUGAAUGUAAUAAUUUGACAAGUAGAUCAAAAGGUGUGGUUGACAACACGAGCUCCACGUAUGGAAUAAAAAUAUCAACAACCUUUACAAAUCGUUUAAAAACAGCACAUUCAUCGAUACUAGACGAUAAAGCCAUGGAAAUGGAAUUAGAAUCCACAUGUUCUGGUAAUGAAAUAUCGGUACAAUUGAUAUGUUUUAUUUGCCUGCGGUAUUUUGACAAUAUAGACCAACUGCAUAGACAUGAGAAGUUGUCAGAGUAUCACAAGUUUAUUACAUCGCAAUCAUAA